CUCCCCGGAAGUUUAUGUCAGGUGCUCGACCAUGGAACUCCAGAGAGAAACAUCGGUGAAAUCAGAGAUCGAUGAGCGAUCCAACACACCAGACUCCGUCAUCAUGGACGACAAUCAGCUCGUCGAGGACCUCGCUAGCGACUACAGCAAAUACAUGAGCUUUGAUCUCACCCGGGAGCAAGGCAAGUUCAGUGAAAGUAUCGAGGACAUGCUGACUAAACUGGACGAGUUCUGUGGUCUUGUGGACAUGAUUCGGAGCGAUACCACACUGUGUCUCAACAAGACAGUCCCUGACAUCCAGAGCAAGUGUGCAGAGAUGGAAAUCAUAUUUGAGAAGAUUGACAAACUGGAGGCAUUUGUGGGCGUGGUGAAGCAGAGUGUUGGCAAGAUGGACGAAUUGGUCAGCAAGGCGGAAGACGACUUUGGAUCUCUUGGUGGUUUCAUGAAGAAAAUCUCUUCCAUCGUCAGUCCAAAACGAAGUCAGGAUCCUGAGCGGCGGUCCAAACAGCCAGGCUUUGUUCAGCCCCAGAUAUUCCACACCAGCGACUACCUGGGUGUGGUCCCAGAGAAACAUGUCACUCCUUCAGCAGAGGCAGCAGCAUCAACAGCAGAGGCUGGGGAGACGUGAUCAGUCCUGAUCAUUGUGAGACGGAGCUGUAUAGGUCUUCCUUACAUUCCUGUGAUUAACUAGUGUGUGUCUUGUGUGUCUCGUGUGUGUGUGUGUGCAUGUUCAGUUACAGCAUUGUGUGCAUGGUAAGGUGUGCAUGUGUAUGCAAGCUCAGGUGUGUCAAUGAAUGCAUGUGUAUAUACAUGAAAGUGUGUGCAUAUGUACACAUAUAAUGAUGUGAUCCUUUUGUAGCUCAAAGACCUAUUUUUAUAGUGCUGGCAGGUUAGAACAAGGAAAUGACUCACCAAAAGGAUAUCAACAAAGUGUGUGUCCUCUCGUGAGGGUGUAAAAAUGUCUGUUCUGAAGAAAGGCGAGUCAAGCAAAGAUGUUGUCUCAGAUUUUAAACUUUUUUUAUGCUUUUUGAAUAUGAAUUAAACUUUGAAUAUCUUGUUGACACACAUUUUAAGAUUAUUUUCAUGAAGCGAGAACACUGUACCGUCUGAAGGUGUUUAGGAAUACAGAGUUUCGCUGUGCUCUGGGCACCUUCGGCAGAGAACUGUUUUGGGUGGAAAAUAUGUUGUAGAUAUGAAGAGUUGGUUCUUCUUUAUAAGUUAAUACCUACAUUGAACUAAGUAUUAGGAACAUGGAGAGUUGGUUGUCUAAUCAAGGCACCACAUACCUGGAACUAAAUAUAGUGAAUAUAAAGAGUUGGUUGUCCUUAUUAAGUCACCACAUAAUAUAAUUGUUUGGGAUGAAAAGAGGUAAUUGUUCCAACUGAGUCACAACAUACCUUGAGCUGGAUUAGGAAUAUGAAGAGUUGGUUGCACCAAAAGAUUUAGCUCAUAUUUCAAACUAUAAGCAGAGUUUCCUUGGCAAUCCAAAUACAAUGUUUGUAACUCAUGAUGAUAGCUUGGUAUGCGAUGUAACAGUACGUAUGGCCGACUUCGCCCACUGUGUUCAGGGGCAUAGCUACCUUUAAAACAAAAAGCCCAGGCUUACACAUGAUUGUUGCUAGAAAGCAUGGUCAAGCCCUCAAUACUAUCUGAAUGUAAGCUUUGCAACCUAUCGGGCUUACACAAAAAAAACUGGCUUGCUGCGCGCCUGCAGGUGUUCUAUGCAUGUUUCAAUAUGCAAACCCUCAGUAUGCUGACUUACCACUGUCUAGAGAUUGGUGAAGUGCCAUGUCAGUGUAAAGAACUGGCAAGUUGACAUGUGUUACUUUGCAAAAUACCCCUUGUUUACUCCAUAUUGUGUGAGUACAUGUAUAUUUUUGUAUGAAAUAGAAAAUAAAUUUAUGAGAGGAA